AUAAUUCACACAAUUAUAAUAGAAAUAUCAAUAUCCAAUAAAGUCAAGAUAGUUCUGAUAGCGAUUAAGACGGAAUGGUUCCAUUUCCAAAUUUUAAUUAAAUUUUUGGGCCUAAUUCUUAAUUUCAGAGAUAAAUGGACAAUAUGAGACAUUAAAUGAAUGAGGCUUUCACUUUUAAUGUAAAUUUUGGUUCCGAUUCAAUUUAAUUUAAUCUACAAACCAAUGGAAGCUAGAGAUAACAUAUACAAAUCCAAAAUAUAGGGCCAUCAAUCAGAGUCUAACAAUAUUGUAAUAUGCCAAAUGUUUAAUUCUAUACUGCCGAUGAUGACGAUGAUGAGGAAGAUGAAAACUAUUAAGAAAAUUACUUUUACCAAGAUGAAGAGCCAGAAGUCGAAGAAAGAAGACAAGCACAACCCAUGAGUUCAAGUGAAAUUAAAUAGAUACCAACAUAGAAAUACAUACCUAACUAGAAAAAUUUAAAUUGUGUUGUUUGCAUGAUUGAUUUUAAAAAAUCUGAUUAAGUCAAAAUCUUGGAGUGUUUGCACUAGUUUCAUUCUAAAUGCAUUGAUUAAUGGCUAAAAUAGAAAGGAGAAUGCCCUGUAUGUAGACACUAAUUAAAUUGAAUAAUAUGCACUAUAUAUUUAAUUGCAUCAAUCAAUUAAGUUUA